AUGUUUAAAUCUUCAUCUUUAUUUGUACUUGCCAUCAUUCUUUUGGUUGCCAUCUCUUUUUCCAAUGCUGAAAUAACUGGUGUAACUCAAGAAGGAAAGAAAUUAACUAUUACAUUCUUGCCAUCAGUCAUGCUUUGGUUUGAAAACCACCUUGUUCUCAAUGGGUUAAAGACCAACAUCAAACCAUAUUGUGUGGCCAAGUAUGGAUUCUCACCAUUAGUUUGUAAUUUGCCAACCGUUCCAGCUUGUGACACUAUUCGUCUCUAUGGUACCCCAGGUAUUGGUACUGUUAAUCUUCAAAUGCUUUAUUCUUUUAAUUGUACUGUCGUUGCUUAA